AUGGACCCGACCACGGCGGCGCUGGAGAAGGAGCACGAGGCCAUCACCAAGGUGAAGUACGUGGACAAGAUCCACAUCGGGCACUACGAGAUCGACGCCUGGUACUUCUCGCCCUUCCCCGAGGACUACGGCAAGCAGCCCAAGCUCUGGAUCUGCGAGUUCUGCCUCAAGUACAUGAAGUUCGAGAGGAGCUACCGCCUGCACCUGGGGCAGUGCCAGUGGCGGCAGCCGCCCGGGCGCGAGAUCUACCGCAAGGGCAACAUCUCGGUCUACGAGGUGGACGGCAAGGACCACAAGAUCUAUUGCCAGAACCUGUGCCUGCUGGCCAAGCUGUUCCUGGACCACAAGACGCUCUACUUCGACGUGGAGCCCUUCGUCUUCUACCUGCUCACCGAGGUCGACCGCCAGGGCGCCCACAUCGUCGGCUACUUCUCCAAGACCAGUGGGUCCUACUGGUCCUGGGUGCUGCUGGAGAUCCUCCGGGACUUCCGGGGGACCCUGUCCAUCAAGGACCUCAGCCAGAUGACCAGCAUCACCCAGACCGACAUCAUCAGCACGCUGCAGUCCCUCAACAUGGUCAAGUACUGGAAGGGGCAGCACGUCAUCUGCGUCACGCCGCGCCUCGUCGAGGAGCACCUCAAGAGCGCCCAGUACAAGAAGCCACCCAUCACCGUGGACUCCAUUUGCCUGCGCUGGGCCCCCCCGAAGCACAAACAGGCCAAGGUGGCCAAGAAGUGACACCGGAAUUUGCCCAAUUUUGGGCCUUUUUCACCCAAAUUUUUGGGGAUUUUUCCUCCGCUUUUGGGAUUUUCCAAAAUUUUGGGGCUUUUUCCCAAAAUUUUGGGGGUUUU